GCUCAACUCAUCGAGCAGCAGAAAUGCCUGGAGCAACAGACUGAAAUGAGAGUGCAGCUUCUUCAGGAUCUGCAGGAUUUCUUCCGCAAGAAGUCAGAAAUAGAGAUGGAGUAUUCCCGAAACCUGGAAAAAUUGGCAGAGAGGUUCAUGGCAAAAACAAGAAGUACAAAGGAUCAUCAGCAGUACAAGAAAGACCAGAACCUCUUGUCGCCAGUGAAUUGCUGGUACUUACUCCUGAACCAAGUGAGAAGAGAAAGCAAAGACCAUGCAACGUUGAGUGAUAUCUACCUGAACAACGUGAUCAUGCGGUUCAUGCAGAUAAGUGAAGACUCCACCAGAAUGUUCAAGAAGAGCAAAGAGAUUGCGUUUCAGCUUCAUGAAGACUUAAUGAAAGUACUUAACGAGCUUUACACAGUCAUGAAAACAUACCACAUGUAUCAUGCAGAGAGCAUCAGUGCAGAAAGCAAACUGAAGGAGGCAGAGAAGCAAGAAGAAAAACAAAUUGGGAGGGCAGGAGACCCUGUUUUUCAUAUUCGACUAGAAGAAAGGCACCAGAGACGGAGCUCUGUGAAAAAGAUUGAAAAAAUGAAGGAAAAACGUCAAGCAAAAUAUUCUGAAAACAAGCUGAAAUCUAUUAAGGCCCGUAAUGAAUACCUGCUCACCCUUGAAGCAACCAAUGCUUCUGUUUUCAAGUAUUACAUUCAUGACCUUUCGGAUUUAAUUGAUGUUUGCGAUCUUGGAUACCAUGCUAGUCUGAACAGAGCCCUAAGAACAUACCUUUCUGCAGAGUAUAACCUUGAAACUUCCAGGCAUGAGGGCUUAGACAUCAUUGAAAAUGCAGUUGACAGCUUGGAGCCACGAAGUGACAAGCAGAGAUUCAUGGAAAUGUACCCCACCGCUUUUUGUCCACCGAUGAAAUUUGAGUUCCAGUCUCAUAUGGGGGAUGAGGUUUGUCAGGUCACUGCCCAGCAACCUGUGCAAGCAGAGCUUAUGCUUAGGUAUCAGCAACUACAGUCACGGUUGGCCACACUCAAAAUUGAAAAUGAGGAGGUUAAGAAAACAACAGAGGCUACCCUGCAGACAAUACAAGAUAUGGUCACCAUUGAGGACUAUGAUGUGUCAGAGUGUUUCCAGCACAGUCGCUCAACGGAGUCUGUGAAGUCAACAGUCUCUGAGACAUACCUGAGUAAACCUAGCAUUGCAAAAAGAAGAGCUAACCAGCAGGAAACGGAGCAAUUCUAUUUCAUGAAAUUCAGAGAAUAUCUGGAAGGUAGUAAUCUCAUCACAAAACUUCAAGCAAAACAUGACUUGCUGCAGAGAACACUCGGAGAAGGUCACAGGGCUGAAUACAUGACAACAAGGCCUCCAAAUCUUCCCCCUAAGCCCCAGAAACACAGGAAGCCCAGGCCCCGAUCACAGUAUAGUGCUAAGUUGUUUAAUGGUGACUUGGAGUCAUUCAUCAAGGAUUCAGGACAAGUCAUUCCUCUCAUCGUGGAAAGCUGUAUCAGAUUUAUCAAUUUAUACGGUCUUCAGCAUCAGGGAAUUUUCAGAGUGUCUGGUUCCCAGGUGGAAGUCAAUGAUAUUAAAAAUUCAUUUGAGAGAGGUGAAAAUCCUUUGGCAGAUGACCAAAGUAACCAUGACAUUAACUCAGUUGCUGGAGUACUGAAGCUCUAUUUCCGAGGGCUGGAAAAUCCUGUCUUUCCUAAGGAAAGAUUUAAUGAUCUUAUUUCUUGUAUCAGAAUAGACAAUCUCUAUGAGAGGGCUCUUCACAUCCGCAAACUCCUCCUUACUUUGCCCAGGUCGGUCCUUAUAGUGAUGAGAUACCUCUUCGCCUUCCUCAACCACCUUUCGCAGUACAGUGAUGAAAACAUGAUGGAUCCGUACAACCUGGCCAUUUGUUUUGGGCCAACCCUGAUGCCUGUUCCAGACAUACAAGACCAGGUGUCUUGUCAGGCACACGUGAAUGAGAUAAUCAAAACUAUCAUCAUCCAUCAUGAGGCUAUUUUCCCAGACGCUAAAGAGCUUGAUGGCCCAGUGUAUGAAAAAUGCAUGGCGGGAGAUGACUACUGUGACAGCCCAUACAGCGAACACGGUACAUUAGAGGAGGUGGACCAGGAUGCUAGUACAGAGCCCCAUACCAGUGAAGACGAGUGCGAGCCCAUAGAAGCUAUAGCCAAGUUUGACUACGUUGGAAGAUCUGCACGAGAGCUCUCUUUCAAGAAAGGAGCUUCCCUUCUGCUCUAUCACCGCGCAUCUGAAGACUGGUGGGAAGGAAGGCACAACGGAAUCGAUGGCCUUGUCCCUCACCAGUACAUAGUGGUGCAGGAUAUGGAUGAUACUUUCUCAGAUACACUGAGCCAAAAAGCAGACAGUGAGGCCAGCAGCGGACCCAUAACUGAGGACAAGUCAUCAUCAAAGGACAUGAACUCUCCCACUGACCGUCACUCUGACGUGUAUUUAGGAAGGCAGAGAAAGAGAUCAGAACCUCCACCUCCUCUAAGACGCCCCGGCAGGAGCAGUGACGGUCACUGCCCAGUACACCCACCUCACCCUCUCUCCAACUCGUCCGUGGACCUAGGUUCCCCCAACCUGGCAACUCACUGCAGUCCCAGAGCCCUCCUUCAAAAUCGCAACCUCAAUGCCGACAGCCCUGAAAGGCGGCGUAGACCUGGACAUGGCAGUCUCACUAACAUCAGUAGGCACGAUUCUCUAAAGAAGAUUGAUAGCCCUCCAAUUAGAAGAUCUACAUCAUCUGGUCAGUACACAGGUUUCAAUGACCAUAAACCACUGGACCCGGAGUCAAUAGCUCAGGACAUCGAGGAGACGAUGAACACGGCGCUGAACGAGCUCCGUGAGCUGGAGCGGCAGAGCUCGGCGAAGCACGCUCCCGAUGUCGUGUUGGACACCUUGGAACAAAUGAAAAACACCCCCACCCCUGCCACCUCCACGGAGUCGCUCAGCCCUCUCCACAGUGUCGUUUUAAGGAGCUCCGAGCCUCAGAUCCGCCGUAGCACUAGUUCUUCCAGUGACACCAUGAGUACUUUCAAGCCCAUGGUGGCCCCUAGAAUGGGAGUGCAGCUGAAACCUCCUGCUCUUAGGCCAAAACCUAUUGUUCUUCCAAAAACAAAUCCUAGCAUAGGGCCUUCCCCUCCUUCCCAGGGUCCAGCCCGAUAAAUCUUGCACAAUGUAGACAGCUGAGCCGCCCACGGUGCCCGGCUGGGGUAUGCUAGGGAAAGGGAUGGAUUAACGAUAGAAGUCAGGGCUCCAUAACAUCGUUUGUUCAUGUUUGUAACUGGAGAGGCUUUGUUUUUCAGUGUUUUUGAAUGUAUUGUCUGAAAGUAGCUACAUUAACAUGGGCAUUUGUAUUUUGUAUGGAUUCAAUUAAAAGAAAAACUGGACAAUUGUGCAUCGUUUUAAAAAAACAAACAUAGACUUACUUGAAAACUUGAUGCUGCACCAUUUGUAAUAAAACCAACACGGAUC